AUGGCUUCCACAAUGCUGCCCGUAAGACAGUCGUCGAGUGCAAUCCGUUCUCUGUCUCGGCGCAGACCCUCGUGCUCACAACCUUUCUCCACCUCAUCCUCCGCUGCGGCCAUCUCGCCCUACCGAAAAACACAGAAGACUCCUGCCGAGCACACAAAGAGGCCUGCAACUACUGCCGCCGCACCUGCACCUCAGCGACGCGAGGUGCCCAGUCCAGCUUUCAACCAGGAUUUUCGAAAUGCACCUUCACCGUUGGUCAACAGGCAAGCGCCUGAACUCGACGACUCUUUCGUCGGUUUGAGUGGCGGCCAGGUUUUCCAUGAGAUGAUGCUCCGGCAAGGAGUGAAGCACGUCUUUGGCUACCCCGGUGGUGCUAUUCUACCAGUGUUCGACGCGAUAUACAAUUCGAAGCAUUUCGACUUUAUCCUUCCCAAACACGAGCAAGGUGCUGGUCAUAUGGCCGAGGGUUAUGCUCGCGUGACCGGUAAACCAGGUGUCGUCCUGGUGACAAGUGGUCCUGGUGCCACCAAUGUCAUCACUCCCAUGCAAGAUGCCCUGUCAGAUGGCACACCCAUGGUUGUCUUCUGCGGUCAGGUUGUGACAAGCGCCAUUGGUAGCGAUGCUUUCCAAGAAGCCGAUGUCGUCGGUAUCUCAAGAGCAUGCACCAAGUGGAAUGUCAUGGUUAAGAACGUGGCCGAGCUACCGCAGCGUAUCAACGAAGCAUUCGACAUCGCCACCUCCGGACGACCAGGUCCGGUCCUCGUGGACCUGCCAAAAGAUGUCACCGCCAGCAUCCUACGAAGACCUAUCCGCACACAUUCGACUCUACCCUCGCAUCCUUCGGCUGCUACCUUGGCUGCCAAGGAACUCUCCCGGAGACAGUUGGAUGCAACCGUGAAGCGCGUGGCUGAUCUGGUGAACAUUGCCAAGAAGCCCAUCAUCUAUGCUGGCCAAGGAAUGCUGGCCACGCCCGAGGGCCCCAAGUUGUUGAAAGAGUUGGCAGAGAAGGCUCAGAUUCCGGUCACAACCACUCUGCAAGGACUAGGUGCCUUUGACGAGACCGAUCCCAAAUCCGUGCAUAUGCUUGGUAUGCACGGCGCCGCAUACGCCAACAUGGCCAUGCAAGAAGCUGACCUGAUUAUCGCUUUGGGUGCACGCUUCGACGAUCGCGUGACUGGUUCCGUGGGCAAAUUUGCGCCUCAAGCCAAGGCUGCAGCCGCCGAGAAGCGAGGCGGCAUCGUUCACUUUGAGAUCAUGCCCAAGAACAUCAACAAGGUGGUGCAGGCGACUGAAGCCGUCGAGGGCGAUGUUGCACAGAACCUGGCUCUCCUUGUGCCCAAGGUCAAUGCCGUGAGUGAGCGACCGGAAUGGUUCCAGCAGAUCAACGAUUGGAAGAAACGCUUCCCCUUGAGUGAUUUCGAACGUGGUACGCCCGACGGAUUGAUCAAGCCACAAGAGCUGAUCGAGAAACUCUCUGAGCUUACCAGCCAUAUGAAAGACCGGACCAUCAUUGCCACUGGUGUUGGCCAGCACCAAAUGUGGACUGCUCAGCACUUCCGCUGGACUCGUCCCAGGAGUAUGGUGACAUCGGGCGGCCUCGGUACCAUGGGCUACGGUCUGCCUGCAGCCAUCGGUGCCAAGGUCGGUCGUCCGGAUUGCUUGGUGGUGGACAUCGACGGUGAUGCGUCGUUCAACAUGACCCUGACCGAAUUGAGCACUGCUGCUCAGUUCAACAUUGGCGUCAAGGUGAUUGUUUUGAACAACGAGGAGCAGGGUAUGGUCACCCAGUGGCAGAGCUUGUUUUACGAAGACAGGUUCGCGCACACUCACCAGAAGAACCCUGACUUUAUCAAGCUCGCAGAUGCUAUGGGUGUGCAGUCAAGAAGGUGUAUCAAGCCGGAUGAUGUCGAGGCCAGCUUGAAGUGGCUCAUCGAGGGCAGUGGAGACGGCCCGGCUCUCUUGGAGGUUAUCACCGACAAAAAGGUGCCCGUCCUUCCGAUGGUACCUGCUGGCAAUGCUCUACACGAGGUGUUGGUAUACGACGCCGAGAAGGAGAAAGUGAGAAGGGAAGCCUUGAUGAAGAAAUGGAAGCAGCCGUGA